GUUACAAAGCAGGCCGGUGGUGUCUUCCCCUUUUUUAGGUAUAUAUUUCUCUGUAUCAGUUUCAUCACCUUCACUUCUCUCUGUACCCUCCCAGCUCUCCUCAUUCUCAGCUGAAAUCAAGAUGAUCCAGUCCGCCCUCCUCAUCCUCAUCAGUGCACUUUCCUGCGAAGUGCUUUCCCUGACCUGCUAUCAGUGUAUACCCGAGACCUCAGUGCAGUGCACUGACCAAAAAGUGAACUGUCCAACUGGUCAGUGCGGCAACAUGAAAACCACAGCCUACAUGGGCAGCACUGUACUGGUGAACAUGGUGAUGAAGAACUGCUCCUUGGCUCAGCAUUGUGUAACAGCGUCUGUGAACUUUGGAAUCACCAAGACAACAAUUAGCAACCAGUGCUGCAACACAGAUCUCUGCAAUGCCCAGAGAAAACCAGAAGCAACAAGCAACACUCCAAACGGCCUUCAGUGUUACACCUGCAAUGGAGAAGACUGCUCAUCAACCCUGGACUGUGUGGAUGAAGAAGACCACUGCAUCAAAUCAGCAGUUGGUGUUGAAGGGCAGAAGCUGAUGAUGAAGGGAUGUGCCACUAAGAGUUUCUGCAUGGGAGAUUUAUCUGCUCAGCUGGCCCAGUCAAGUACUGUGGUUGGCUUGAGCUGUUGCACGGGAAACCUGUGUAAUGGUGCUACAAUCUACACACAGAACUUCCUUCUUCUGGGGCUUUUGCUUGCAUUUAUUACUCUCCACUGAAAUCUGCACCUAUUGUGCUUUUCAAUUUUACCAUUCUAAUAUUUUACAAAGUUCUGGAGCUCCAAAACCGUGUAAAAAUGUUUGGGAAGCUAAAUUUAUUGGAUUAAAAUGUAAAGUCUAUAUACAUCCUUUUGUACUCUGAGUUGCCAGUUCAUUCGGUUCACCGUCAAAGUAAGUGGAAAGCAGGUACCAGCCAAUAAGUGACCUAAGUCCAUUUUGCCAAUGGAAUGAUCUGUGAUUUCUCGAAGGAAAUGGUGAGAUUGGGAUGGAUAGUAGGUCAGUCUUGCUGGAAUUAAGUUUCAGCUGAUGAGCGGCCAUCCAGUUUGGAUGAUUGUGUCAGGAUUGUGGUCCAGGGAAGGCAGGCACCAGCACCCAACCAUAAUUGGACUUUCACCACUAUUAAAGCAGCACUAGGUAGGAUUUCUUUGAUUUUUGAUCUUUUUAAAGAAGCAAAAUUACAGCUAGAAACUCACUGCAGCGCUGCAUUGAGAUGUAAUGGUUGGAAUAGCGUCUCUCUCGUGUCUGUGCCGGAGCUCCUCUGAGCUCAAACCAGACUCUGUAAGUUUUCCGAGGCGGCCGCGACCAACGCUCGCGAGAACUGCGACCUGCUUUCCGACCUUUAGUUCUAACAGUUCUACAAGGACUACUGGUUCAUUCUUUACAAACUAACAUACAGACACUCUGGCAGAAGCUGGAAAGAGACCGAAUAUGUCUGUGAAAGCCAGAAAACGAGAAAGAGAAACUAAUCCGCCUGAAACAUUUAUUACACUCUACAACUGUAGGGGGAGCCCACGAGCACAAAAUCUCAAUCCUACCUAGUGGAGCUUUACGCAAACAACAGGAGCUAGCUCUAGACAUGCGGUGAGAGAAGAAAAUAGACGAUUAAGAAGGGGGUUAUGUAAAUAAUUUAAUGUAAGACCUGCAAUAGAAGUAGUUAAAUGGAUUACAGCAAUGAUGACUAUUACAAAAGUCUGUAACCAAAGUAGUACAGAAAAUUGAUGUACCGUAAAUCAGUGAAACUAAUAAACUGGCAACUCAGGGUACAUUUCUGCAUUUCAAAAGACAAAAUUAUAUCAGUCUCAUCAUGUUUUGCUGAUAACAAAUGUAAUCAAUACUAUUUAAAAAAGAAUUAGAUUAAUUAAUUCAUAAAAUAAACAAGAUAUCAAGCAUUAAAUCCUUUCUACUGUAUAGUGUAAUAGUAACUGCCAGUAACUGUAAUAAAAUGGAUAGUUUAAGGGCAGAGACACAAAACAGGAUCUUAGGUUGUGUUGUGCAAUAUUGUAGUGCACUAUGACAUAAUAAAUGUAAUACAAUAUAUAAUAUAUAUAAACUCUAUAUGUGAGCUUACACUGUAUUUAAUGUAUCUAAUAAAUCUGAGAAAAAUCAGCAAAUAUCCAGCCUUUGAGGAGCUAUAUCAUAACAAUUUCAACUGCUUUUUGAAGGCGACUAAAUAUAAGUAUAAAGAAGAAGCCAGUCAAAUACGAGUUUACUUACAUACACAAAUUGAGCAGUUUAUUAGGAACACCUACAUGUGCUUUUGGCAGGUAUGUUACAACAGCAAGAAAGCCAAAUAACAGAAAGCUAAGGUUGCAUCAGAACAGUUGAAGACUGGGGUAACGUAGCCUGGUCUGACAAAUCUCAAUUUCUAAUAAAGUGUAAUAAAUCA